AAAUUGAAACGGGAGAUUGGACUCAUUGGGAAACCGAGACGAUUGAAAACAAAACAAACACAGGAGAGAAGCAUCAAAACCUCGGGCUCAGGUUCCUCUUCUAUGCUCUGCCUCGGUUUAGCGCCUAUUGCUAUUCAGUUUCUGGGAACAACUCUGCUUAUACAGUCCCUAAUUUAAAUCUCAUUUAGGCCCCAAAUUUAAUGCAGACCCUCUCCUUUUAGGGCCAGAAGGUUCUGCUUUGAGAUCUCAAAGACCUAAACCUAAAUCAAAUUAAAACCCGUCUGAUCUGUUCUAAAUUUCAUGCACUGAGAGAGUUUUUCUAAAUCUCUCGAGAUGGGUAUACUGUUUACGAAAAUGUUCUCGUCCCUUUUCGGCAACAAAGAAGCUCGGAUUCUCGUUCUUGGCCUCGACAAUGCCGGAAAGACCACAAUCCUCUAUCGGCUUCAGAUGGGGGAGGUUGUUUCCACGAUUCCAACAAUUGGAUUUAAUGUCGAAACGGUGCAGUAUAAUAACAUCAAAUUCCAAGUAUGGGAUCUGGGUGGACAGACAAGUAUCAGGCCAUAUUGGAGAUGCUAUUUUCCAAAUACACAAGCCAUAAUUUAUGUCAUCGAUUCAAGUGACACUGAUAGGUUGGUCAUAGCGAAAGAUGAAUUUCAUGCAAUUCUCGAGGAAGAAGAAUUGAGAGGCGCUGUUGUUCUCAUUUUUGCAAACAAGCAGGAUCUUCCUGGUGCACUUGAUGAUGCGGCUGUUACUGAGGCUUUAGAGUUGCACAAGAUAAAAAAUCGCCAAUGGGCUAUUUUCAAAGCUUCUGCAGUAAAGGGAGAAGGUCUCUUUGAGGGCUUGGACUGGUUGAGUAACACACUCAAAUCUGGAAGUGGCUAGCUCUUUCAGUUCCAGUAGAGAAUAGAAGCUUGCUGCCGCAUGGCCAGAGCAGAACUGAGGGAUGGCAUUGAGCUCGUAAGGGACUCGUGAUAGAGAUUUAAUUCUUGGGUGCGGUUUUGUCGUUUGGACUUGAUCUCUAAUUGAUCUGGAAGUAAACCACUCGUAUACAUGUAAAAUUUGUCACCAUAGACAUGACCAUUUGGAUCUUUUAUUUGCUUUGCCCCUCUCGCUAUUUUUUUUUUUUUAAUUUUUUUUGUUUCAAAUUUCUUUAAAAAUUGCAGACCUUUUGUUGUCCGAAUGGUUCCAUUCUAUUUUCGGCACUUCAGUUCUUGUUA